CCACACAUCCCACAAAAAUCGGAACCAUUACACUUUUUCCCUUCACUUUUUAUUAUCCAAACUUAUUUUAUACAAAAAUGGCCACAACGGCCAAAUUUCACAUGAUUCUGGCCAACUUCCACCACAGAACCACCCAAUCGCCACUCCCCCAUCUGGGUUUCUGCCGGAGCUCAGUCUUGUGGGACCCAACCCCACCGUUUUCUUGCCGGAGAGUGUUUGUGCAGCCGUGCAGGGCUUUUAGAACAGAGGAUGGUAAAGACAAGAGAACCAUGAAGAAGAUGGGGGAUAAUAAUAAUAAUAAUAACAAUAAUAAGAAGAAUAUAAAGAAAUGGUUACAAGAAACUGUGAAGUCUUUGAUUGUUUCUAAAGAUUCAAUGGAUAAGUUGGAAGAGAAUUUAUCAAGGAUUGCUCUUCAUGUUGGGAGAUAUAUUGUGACCAUGAUGAGCACCGGAGUGAUCUUGUUGAUCGGAUUCAGUCUGUCAGGUGGAGAUGGUCAAAUGAACGAUUUAGUUUGGUAUAGUUGGGUUGGUGGUAUCAUUAUCGGAACCAUGAUUGGUUCAAACAUGGUUUUAGAUGAAGUUAGCCGAGCCGGUCCUCGAAAUGUUGUCAUUACCGGAAGUACUAGAGGGCUUGGAAAAGCUCUUGCUCGCGAAUUCCUACUUUCUGGAGAUCGGGUGGUUAUUGCUUCACGAAGCGAAAAAUCUGUCGAAAUGACUAUUAAAGAACUUGAAGAGAACUUACUCGAAGGUAUGGCAACCGAAGCAAGCUCACGUAGGAAAAAGCUAGCUAAUGCAAAAGUGGUUGGAACUUCAUGCGAUGUUUGUGAUCCUAACGACGUUAGAAAUUUGGCCAAUUUUGCCGUUAAUGAACUUGGUUCGAUAGACAUUUGGAUAAACAAUGCCGGAACCAACAAAGGUUUCCGACCAUUGUUGGAGUUUACCGACGAAGAAAUACAACAAAUUGUGUCUACAAACUUGGUGGGGUCCAUUCUUUGCACCCGCGAAGCAAUGCACGUCAUGGGUAACCAACAUAAAGCGGGUCAUAUUUUCAACAUGGAUGGUGCCGGUUCUGGUGGAUCAAGUACACCUUUGACAGCCGUGUAUGGAUCAACAAAAUGUGGUCUUAGACAACUUCAAUCUUCAUUGUUAAAAGAGUGCAGAAAGUCUAAAGUUGGAGUUCAUACGGCGUCUCCAGGCAUGGUUCUCACAGACUUGCUCUUGAGUGGGUCUACUAUUCAGAACAAGCAAAUGUUCAACAUAAUAUGCGAGUUACCGGAGACAGUUGCACGAACGUUGGUACCACGAAUGAGGGUUGUAAAAGGAAGCGGAAAAGCGAUUAAUUACUUAACUCCUCCAAGAAUUUUACUUGCUUUGGUUACCGCAUGGGUAAGACGAGGACGAUGGUUUGAUGACAAGGGAAGAGCAUUAUACGCGGCAGAAGCAGAUAGGUUAAGAAACUGGGCCGAAAGCCGAACUCGUUUUUCGUUCACAGACGCUAUGGAAAUGUACACAGAAAACACUUGGGUUUCGGUUUUUUCACUUUCUGUAGUUUGUGCAUUUAUCAUUCUCUCGAGCACCACCACGCUACCGGGCACCUAAAAAGCUUUUAUCUUUAAAUCGCACAUCAUUACAAGAUUAUCAUCUGGCUAAAGAAAUAGUUUCUUGAUCCACAUUGGAUUUUUGAUGUAUAGUAUCAUGAUCUGCAUUGCUUCUUGGUAGGGGUCCUCUUGUUAUUGUAAAGAAAAAACUAAAAAGAUAGCAAAAUGCAAUGUAUGGUUGUUAUUAAAUGAACAAAAGAAAUCUCCAUUGAGAUCUUAUUGGAUUUAAUGUAGAUUUAGG